AUGAGGGGGUUAUCUGUUCGUUGGAAGAUUGAUCCAGCAUGGGAGCAUAUUUACUUCAAAAAAGAAGGGAGGACUAAUGUGUAUACAUGCCUUCAUUGUUCCACUGUCUAUAAAGGAGGUGGCAUAAACAAAAUGAAGCAACAUCUUGCUGGUGUUUUUAGUCAAAUUACUUCUUGUGAAAAAGUUCCUUGUGAUGUACGCUGCAAAAUGAAAGAGAAUCUAAAGGAGGUAUCAAGAAAAAAGAAACUAGAUGGUAUGCAUGAAUGUUAUGGUGAUGAAGAGGGAUGUGAAGUGGUUGAUGUUGAUCUAAGUCUAACUCCCAUUAGAAUAGUGACUCCUCAUAAUUGUGGCAAGAGAAAAGCUUUCAAGGGAGUUAGCAAUUAUUGUUCCCCAAGGAUAACUCCUAGUUCUAAACCAAGCUUCAAAAAUGUUUUAUCAAGUAAAGAAGCACAGCUCAAAGCUAAUAUGGCCAUUUCUCAAUGGUGUGUUGAUGCUUCAGAUUUGGUUAAAGAUGCCAAGACAUUGUUUUCAUUGUUUCGUGAAGUAAUUGAGUGGAUUGGUCCUAAAAACAUUGUUCACGUGGUGACUGAUAAUACAACUAAUUAUGUAGCAUGUGGCAAGUUGAUUCAUGACAAAUAUAAACAUAUUUACUGGUCACCUUAUGCUGCAAAUUGUUUGAAUCUCAUCUUGAAGGAUAUUGCAAGUAUGCCUUAUGUGUCAGACCUUGCAUCCAAGGCAUCAAAGCUUACUAUGUUUGUGUACAAUCAUGCAAUAUUCUUGUCAUGGCUUAAGAAAAGAGAGAGUUGGGGGGAAAUUGUGCUUUCAGGAGAAACCAAGUUUUCUACUACCUUCAUUACUUUGAGGAGUAUAUAUGAGCACAAGAUUGACUUGCAAGCUUUCGCUACUGAUAAAUACUUUACAAAUAAUAAAUUAUCAAAGACUGCUACAAGAAAAGCGUUUCAUGCCAUUGUAUUAGAUAAUAAAUUUUGGGAUGAUUGCUAUGACAUUGUGAUACUUGUGGGUCCCUUCUUCGGUUGUUGA